AUGCCUUUCGACACCGAGCUGACCCGCCGCCUUGGCAUCCAAGUGCCUAUUGUCCAGGGUGGCAUGCAACACGUCGGCACCGCCGACCUUGCAUCCGCCGUCUCCAAUGCCGGCGCCUUAGGCAUCAUCACGGCCCUCAUCUUCCCCACGCCCGAGGGCCUCCGCGAGGAAAUCCGGCGCUGCCGGACCCUCACUAACCGGCCCUUUGGCGUAAACAUCACCCUCCUCCCUUCCCUUGUGCCCCCCGACUAUGCGGCCUACGCGCGCGUGGUCAUCGAGGAAGGCGUCAAGGUCGUCGAGACGGCAGGAAACUCGCCCGGACCCGUGAUCAAGCAGCUCAAGGCCGCCGGCAUCAUCGUGCUGCACAAGUGCACCAGCAUCCGGCACGCGCAGAGCGCCGUUAAGCUCGGCGUUGAUUUCCUCAGCAUCGACGGGUUCGAGUGCGCGGGUCACGUGGGCGAGUCCGACAUUACCAACUUCAUCCUGCUGAGCCGCGCGAGGCAGACUCUCAAGGUGCCGUUUAUCGCCUCGGGAGGUUUCGCUGACGGUCAGGGUCUGGCGGCGGCGUUGUGUCUCGGUGCUAGCGGCAUUAACAUGGGCACGAGGUUCAUGUGCACGGUCGAAGCUCCCGUCCACAUUAACAUUAAGAAGGAGAUCGUCAAGGCGCAGGAGACGGAUACGGCGCUUGUGCUGAGGAAGUGGAGGAAUACGACGAGGUUGUAUAAGAAUAAGGUUGUGGAGGAGGCGCUGAAGGUGGAGAGGGAGGCUACCGGGGAUAGCUUUGAGCCGAUGGCGCCUUUGGUUAGUGGGAAGAGGGGGAAGAUGGUGUUUGUUGAUGGAGAUCCGAACUUUGGCGUCUGGACGGCUGGCCAGGUCAUUGGCUUGAUUCACGACAUCCCCACCUGCAAGGACCUCGUGGCGAGGAUCGAGAAGGAGGCCGAGCAGACUCUCAAGGAAAGGUUGGCGUUGAUCAAGCCUGCUCCUAAGCUGUAG